UCAUUCCUGCGCUUAGCUUCACAUUCAUUACACCAUUUACGCAGACGAAAAGAGAGAGCGACACAGAGAGAAUUGAGAAUCUCAAUUUCAAACCUCAAUUGAUUCGAUAGUUAGAUCUUUUGUUUCUCGAAAGAAAGAGAGGGACGAUUUUGCGACUUGAAGCGUGAGAUAUUUCUUGAUAUUGGAACCCUAACCUCGUUAUUGGUAGAACUAUAAGAGGGAAGAAUCUUUUAAGCGACGGCCUUUCCAAGAUGAUUAUGAGUCAAAAAUUGGUGGCGGAAGCGGAGAUUAUCUGUUCACCGAGCAUGCCUCGGGUUCUUGAUGUGCAGUAUCAUCUGCAGAAUUUGAACGUCGAUGUGACCGUUCCUUCGACUCCGAUCUUUGAGGCCAUUACCACCGACAUAUCUCGAUUCGAAUCGGCUGUGACUCGCACAGAGAUGAUGAAAGAAGCAGCUAUGGAGUCUUCUGCUGUUAAGUCUUUUCCAACCAUUCGCUCUGGUAGCUAUGCAGACAUUGGAACAAGACCCUCCAUGGAUGACGAACACAUUCGGAUUGAUGAUCUGUCUUCUUAUCUGGGUUCUUUCUUCAAAUGGCCCAGUGCUUUUUAUGCGGUAUUUGAUGGUCAUGGUGGCCCUGAUGCUGCUACUUAUAUCAAGAGAAAUGCCAUGAGGUUGUUUUUUGAAGAUGCUGAGUUGCCUCAAACGUCUGAUAUUGAUGCUGUCUUCUUAGAGGCAUUGGUGGAUUCCCAUAGGAAAGCAUUUUUAGUGGCAGACAUCGCCUUGGCUGAUGAAAGGAGUGUUAGCAGUGCUUGUGGAACCACAGCACUGACUGCUCUAGUUAUUGGAAGGCAUCUACUGGUUGCAAAUGCUGGUGACUGCCGGGCAGUUUUAUGCAGGAAAGGGGUAGCUGUUGAUAUGUCCCAAGAUCACAGGCCUUCUUAUCUGCCAGAACGCAAGCGCGUUGAGGAGUUGGGUGGCUACAUUGAGGAUGAAUAUCUGAAUGGUUAUCUUUCAGUUACUAGAGCUCUUGGAGACUGGGAUUUGAAACUCCCAUUAGGAGCUGCAUCACCUCUCAUUGCGGAGCCAGAUGUUCGACAGCUCUUGUUAACAGAGGAGGAUGAAUUUUUGAUCAUUGGGUGUGAUGGCAUAUGGGAUGUCAUUUCAAGCCAGGAAGCUGUCAGCUUUGUCCGUCGUGGUCUCAGGCGGCACGAUGACCCAGAUCUAUGCGCCAGAGAACUCGUCAGGGAAGCAUCGCGCCUGCAUGCAACUGAUAACCUCACCGCAGUUAUCAUCUGCUUCUCUUCUCCUAGUCCUGUUGAGUCAUGUCCUCCUCAAAGGCGAAGGUUCAGGUGUUGUGGUCUUUCUGAGGAGGCCCGAAACAGAUUGAGGAGCUUGUUAGAAGGAAAUUGAAUGUACAGAGAUUUAUUUAAUGAGAUUUUUAAUGAUAAAGGAUUUGUAUCAGUUUGUGGCUGUUUCAGAUAGUUCAGAAAAAAACAGCCAGAAGUUUUGUAGGGGAGCUAGGGGUAAAAGAGUAUACCGGGAUAAUUGUAGCGGGAGCAAAUUAUAUGUUUCUGGAUUUUUAUGUUUAAUCAAAACGUCAGAUUAUUUUUUAUAGUUAGGUAUUGCUUAUUAGGGUUCCCUGCAAUGUGUAAAGCCUGCAAUUUAUUUAUUUUCCUUUGUUAGUAAUA